ACUUCACAUUUUGAUUGAAAGUCCAGUUUUGGCCAGAUAAAUUGCUAAAACAAUGGCUGAGUUUGUUGUGCAUUGUGUGAAAAUGUACAAGGAGUUCCUGGAUGGAAGUUAAAUUUGGAAAGUGGCCAAAACCAAGCGUGGUUCAGUGUAAUUAACAGUUAAUGAGUCUUAAUCAUACACAGAAAUAAAGAUUAGUAAGUAUGUGGUGCCUUCCUGCAUCUGCCUAAGAUUAGCUACAGAGUAGGCCUUGUGCCUAUUAGUCUUAACUAUUUUGAGACUCAUUAGCCAUCAGUGAGUUAGUCACCUCAUCUUAGUUUACAAUAGCCUAUAAAUAGCCUGUUGCUUUUAAGCAAUAAUGACAAGGCAAUCCGAACUGUGGCUAACCUGAGCAUGAAUAGUAGACCUAGACCUCUCUAAAUAAGACCUCUAGAUCCGUUUUGUACAUGUGUUAUACCAAUAACUAUUUUUCUAACAAAUGAACUGUUAUACUCUUCUGACCUGUUGUUAAUCUGUAUCUAAAACCAGAAUUUUCGGUUUAAGAUUUUUUUUCUGCGUCUGGUUUGACUUUUCUACUCUUCCUAUCCAUUGACAGUAGGGGCCAUCUUGAUGAAAUCGGAGACACAACAACGCCCACUCUCAACUCGGACGGUGGACCAAUAAGAAUGGGACAUGUUAAUUUAAGGGAGGUGAUAGGUCAAAGCAAACUCGUGACGAUUUAGGCUCCACUCCUCAUAUGAAAAACGCGAAUCAUUUCACAUCAGUCCAUUCAGACUUCUGACGAACACAGAAACGAAACGCUUACGUGUAUUGACAGAUAAUACAACUACUUCCAAAGGCUAUAUUUAUUAGAUUGCCUGUCGUCAACUUCCUACCGCAGCACUAAGACUUCUUGUCACCGCCUCUUUGCAUUCUUUGCCCUUUCGAAAGUCAUCAUGUCUCAGCAACACAUUAGCCUCCCUGCUAAGCUGAUCAAUGGUGGCAUUGCUGGCAUUGUAGGGGUCACCUGUGUGUUCCCCAUUGACCUGGUAAAGACCAGGCUACAGAACCAGCGACCAGGCCAGCAAGUCUACAGGAACAUGAUGGACUGCCUUAUUAAAACGGUACGAUCUGAGGGAUUCUUUGGAAUGUACAGAGGUGCCGCAGUGAACCUAACUCUAGUCACCCCUGAGAAGGCUAUCAAACUAGCCGCCAACGACUUCUUCCGCCACCACCUCGCCAAAGACGGGAAACGCUUGACUGUGUUUAAGGAGAUGUUGGCUGGAUGUGGUGCUGGCAUGUGCCAAGUUGUCAUCACUACUCCUAUGGAAAUGCUGAAGAUUCAGCUUCAAGAUGCUGGAAGACUAGCUGCCCAGCAGAGGAAGCCAGGCAUCAUGUCUCCCACUAAGCUGGCUGCCACCAACACGGUGUUGAGCCGCUCCUACACGGCCAGCCCAGCUCCCGGUCGCACCGUGUCCGCCACGCAGAUCGCCCGUGAGCUCCUGCAGACAAAGGGCAUCCAGGGGCUCUACAAGGGCCUGGGGGCCACGCUCAUGAGAGAUGUGCCCUUCUCCAUGGUGUACUUCCCGCUGUUUGCUCACCUGAAUCAAAUGGGCCAGUCCUCGCCUGGUGGCCCCACGCCGUUCUACUGGUCCUUUGUUUCCGGCUGUCUGGCAGGCUCCACUGCUGCUGUGGCCGUCAACCCCUGUGAUGUGGUUAAGACCCGGCUUCAGUCCCUGAGCAUAGGGGCCAAUGAGGAAAACUACAAGGGCGUUACGGACUGUGUCAGGAAGAUUAUGCAGCGGGAGGGGCCCUCUGCCUUCCUCAAGGGUGCCGGUUGCCGAGCGCUAGUCAUCGCCCCGCUCUUCGGCAUUGCCCAGGUCAUGUACUUCGCCGGCGUCGGAGAGUUCAUAAUGGACCAGACCCCGUUCAGCCUCGUCUCUGCCUAAGGUGGAACAACAAGAGACUGCAGAAUUCCUGAAGUAUUUUAACAAGGAACAGGGAGAAAGAGACACUAGUGGCAGCUACACAACCACCAAUUUCAAAUGAAACGGAGAGGAAAAAAAAGAGCGCUCAAUUAUCUGAUCGUUGCUUUUUGAGGGUCGCACACCUCUGCUGUCGUUGACUUCCUGUCUGAUGUGUGCAUGUGUGUGUGGGUGUGUGUGUGAGACUUGUCUGCACUUCCCCUUGUGGCUUCCUGGCUUGUUUGUGGGCCUCUAGCCAACGUUUGCACUUGGUGUGAAAGCCUUGCGGAGAAGCUGAGGAAGGCUUACUACAAGGGUUUAUUCUCAGUGGUCCACUCUUUCUCCAGAAAGUUCUCCUCUUGGAGUUUCCCUCAGUGAGGGAGGGAAAAAUGGUGUCCUUUUCAGCACGCAAUAAAAAAAAAGACCUUAUCAGUUAUAUUGCUUUUUGUAUAUGUUUUUAAUUAAACUAAAUAUGUUUAUUUAAAUGACCACAAUUGCUGAUUUGUUACAGUGUUUAGACAAAGUUGUUUUUGACAGAGGUCAGGCCUUGUCUUGCAAAAACAUGCAAGAAUAUUUUCCCUUCUGAAAUUCCCUUUUUGCGUUUUGAGGAUGCAAUACAGUUUCAUUAAUGGAAGCAUUUUAGCUAUAUUAUGCAUAAUGUGACCAUAUGUAACAAUACACAAGCCAUUCAAUCGUACCUCGUCAGACAUUUCUCAAAUAGUGAUUGGACCAACAAGAAAAACACAUUCAUUUUGGUUAUGGGGUCACUAAGGGUUGCAUGGAAAGACACUUCUUGUGUCUCUUACAUACUUGAUUCAUCACAGUGUUCAGAGUAUGUGUGUGCUGCAAUUUACUGUUAGUACUUGUUUUUUUUGUUCUUUGUUCAAGUUGAAACAAUCGAUGUUGCGUUCAGGUUCGCUCUCUUUUCUGUGGCACUGUCCACCUGUAGCUGUAGGUGACACCUGUCUAUGUCUCUUGUCUGUGUCUAGGUAUGUCUUUGCCUUAAGAGAGAAUUGGCUUGUCUUUUAUAAUGUGAAGGGCUACUGCAGAAGAGGAUGGUUCAAUGGUGGCCCUUAAACUCUGCAUGUUGAGCACCAACUAAUGCAAAUUGUGAAUUUAUUCCAGGUUGUGAAAUUCUCACUGAAAAUAACAUGUCUUUUUUUUUAAUUUUUUUUAUUGAGAUGAAAUCUUUAAAUAAACAUGAACAUUACCAUG